AUGGCUUCACCAGAACAACAACUAAACGCGAUGGCGAAAGAAAUGCAGUCGAGAAGCACAGUUACAAUCGUCUUAGAGUCAUUGGUUUUUGCCUUGAUUUUAUUAUUGAUCUUCGUUGGAAACGCUGCCACUCUGCUGAUUAUUGCGUUUAACAGCAGAAUGAGAACAACAACGAAUAUGUUCGUUGCAUCACUGGCCAUUUCUGAUUUUCUUUUGGGAGUGCUUUCAGCGGGUCCUGUCGCUUAUCCUGCGCUACUGCUGUCCGAAUGGCCUUUUGAUGAUGCAACAUGUCAGUAUCAAGGCUAUAUCGCUGUAACCUUGGCAGUUGCGUCGACACAAACUUUAGCCCUUAUGGCAGUGAACCGAUAUUUUCGUAUUGUCAGACCAGCAAAGUACCAAGCCUACUUCACCAUGAAGAAAACCCUUAUCAUGAUUCUUGUUUCCUGGUUUUAUUGCAUGUGGGCUCCAUUGCCAUAUCUGCUUAGUGGUUAUAAGAUGGUGUUUCACCCUUUCAAAUUCUUUUGCUUUCUCCAGAUCGACAGCGGACCGUUCACGGCGUUUUUAGUCACUGUGUACGUUGGUUUGCCGACUUUCAUCAUAGCCUUCUGUUACCUAAGAAUAUUCCAAACUGUUCGAAGCCACAGUAAUAAUUUUCAAGCUGCAAGUGGGUCACACAAUACAGUUAACGUAGAGGAAAUCAGGAUAACGCGCACACUAUUUGUUAUUGUCGUCUUCUUUAAUCUCUGCUGGACUCCUAUUCUGGUGAUAGACAUGGUUGACACCGUUCAAGGGAGGUGGUCGUUACCUCGUGAAGCUUACGUAGCGUACAACUUUUUAGCUGUGCUUAGUAGUGCUCUUAACCCUGUCAUAUAUAGUGUAAUGAAUAAGAACUUUCAACAAGAGUAUCUGAAGAUUCUCCGGUGCAGAUAUUGUUGCUCACAACCAGUUGUAGAGCCACUGAACUCAGGCGCAAGAGCCACUGGUUUAGUUGCGACAGCCACUUGA